AUGGACAUGGCUCGGCAAAGCGACCUCGAGCCGCUCACGCUGGAAGACAUACGGAGCCUUCCCAAGGUGGAACUGCAUGCUCACUUGAGCGGCUCGAUUACCCAGCAGAAACUGAUUGAGAUGUUGGAGAGGCGCGGUGAUGGGGCCGCUUUCACGCCUUUCAACUGUAAGGCUGAUCGCUCCAACGCUUUGGCAAAGUGCUUCGACUACUUUGCGAAGGUAGCAAGUGUCAUAACCGACCUGGAUGCCUUGAAGGAAAGCACGCUGCAUGUGCUGGACCACUUUGCUGCAGAAAGAUGCAUCUACCUCGAGCUGCGAACUUCACCCAAGCAGUUCAAGGUCAGCUCUCAAAACGGCUCUGACGGGGACGCAAAGCUGACCAGCAAGCUGCAGUACCUGGAGACAGUCCGCGAUGCUAUCCAGGAAUUCCAUUCCAAGGCUAUGCAGCGGUUUGGGUUCGUCAUGGAGGUGAGAAUACUUCUCAGUGUCGACCGCGGGAAGGUGACGUCCAAGGAAAGUGCACUCGCGCAAAUUGAUGAUAUCCUUGAGAUGCAGAAGGUCCAUCCCGAUCUGGUGGUGGGCAUCGAUGUUUGUGGCAACCCUCAUGCAAACACUGUCAAGCCGUACCUGCUACCGGCCUUGCUUGAGAGAAGCUCUGCCUUCCAGAAGCUCCCGAUCACUUUUCACACCGCCGAGAUCCCUGAUGAUGAAGAGAGCGAGCUGAUCAUAGACAGCAUGCUGCAGCUCAACAUCAGGCGGUUGGGCCAUGUGACGUAUCUUCCGGACAAGUGUCGACGGCGCGUUCUACACGGCAUCUUCGAGGAUGGCGGUGUGGGAAUCGAGAUUUGCCCAACCUCCAAUAUGAUCACCAAAGAGAUUCCAAGCCUGGACGACCAUCAUUUCAUGGACUGGUGGCAAAAGUCUGAUAAGAUCCUGCUCAGUGUGAAUACUGACGACGUCGGUCUCUUCUCCUGCGACCUCUCCUCUGAAAUUCAUGAUCUGGCCACUGCAUUUCGUCUAUCCAGGCAAGACGUGAUAAGCAUCCAGCGCAAGGCCAUCCGGUCAGCAGCAUGA